UUAUUUUGAAGUGUCUUCAAUCGUGGCGUCAUGAAUGAAAGCAUGCUCUGACACCGGCUUUACACUUAGCGCUGUAUGUUUUUCUUUAGGUUAAAACGUUUAAAUGCGUGUUUUUACUCCUCGUUGAGUGAAAGUGUGGUCAUGUGUAAAGAACUGAAGAGUCGAAUCCUGCGACUGACAGAUGAGCUGACGACACACAGUCACGAUAUGUCAGAAGUGCUGCAGUCUACAGUGACGGCUCUGAAGUCAGGUCUGGUCGCGGCGGUACCCACAGACACUAUCUACGGUCUGGCCUGCAUGGCUCAAAACUCAGAGGCUAUCCGGAGAGUUUAUGAUAUCAAAGGCAGGAACGGAGACAAACCUUUAGCCAUCUGUGUGGGAGACGUACAAGACAUCUACAGAUUCUGUAAAGUCUCAGUGAAAGAAGAACUGCUCACAGAUCUGCUGCCUGGUCCUGUUACACUUGUUCUGGAGAGAUCUGCAGCACUCAACACUGAUCUCAAUCCUUUCACCAAGCUCAUAGGGGUUCGUAUUCCAGAUCACUCUUUUAUGAGACGCCUCUGUCAGAUGUGCGGCGAGCCACUCGCUCUCACCAGUGCUAACAUCAGCUCACACACCAGCACUGUUACUGUACAGGAGUUUCAGGAUUUGUGGCCCAGUCUGGGAGUUGUGGUGGACGGUGGCCCAGUUGGAGACAAAAGUCGUUUGGGUUCUACAGUCGUGGAUUUGUCUGUGUGUGGCAGAUACCGAAUAAUCAGACCUGGCUGUGCACUCUCUGCUACCAUUAAGAUACUUGAGGACAAGUAUGGAUUGCUGGAGGACUCCAAUCUAUGAGUUUCAUGUACAAGCCAACAUACUGUAGACAGAGACCAGCAGAUGAGCGUCAAGUGUGUGGAAAUAAGCUGUAUUCUCACACAAAGAUAUUUUGUUUUGCUCUUUCAUAUUGGCAUACAACAAUCAAUAGAUUCAGCUGGCAGAUGUUACAGAAUGAUGAAAGUUUUAGGGUUUAUUUAUUGUAUUAUGUAAAGGGAAGUUUUUCUGCGAUGGUUACUAGUUUAAGUACUUGAUUUUUUUCCUGUACAAACUGGAUUUUAUUUAUUUGACUAAAUAUUAAAUAGUGUAGUAUACUGAGGAUCAGUUGCUCUCUGGCAGAGCUGAGUUACAUUGACCAAAACCGAGUCAAUCAUCCAAUUCUUUCUUCAAUUAUAAAUAUUUUCUAUGCCUUUUUGUAUAUUGUUUUUAUUUGAUUAAAUCAUUACAUUGAGUAAUUUAGCUUACGCUUUUGUCUAAAGUGACUUACAAAUGAGGUAAACAAUAGAAGCAAUUAAAGCAACACAUCAAUACAUAAGUGCACUAGAACUAGUUUCUUCAAGUCUAACACCAUAUACAUAGCCAAGGGUUAGUAAAUGUAUUUUUUUUAAUAGGUAAAAAAAUAUGCUUUAAAUUUUACAUAAAAUUCCUUCAGUUAUGCUAUGUUCAAGCUGUAAUACAGUUGCAUUCAUCUGUUGCAGAUGUUAAGGGCGGUCACACUUCCAUUCAUACACAUGUGAAUGCAUCAGACCAAAAAAGCAAACUCGCGUGAAGAUUGCGCAUUUCGAUUCAUGCCAAAGUUUAAGUCUGGUGAGCUCUGACCUGCAGAUUCAUAUCAUAUGGAGAUCUGUGACCACAUAGAAAACAGCGUGACGUUUCUCUCUACUGAAGAUGUAUGAAGCCAAAGAACUUUGUUAUAUUGACGAAGUGCAUCCCGCACAGUAAAGUCUGAAAAAUAUUCACAUGCUCAAAGUCUAGUGUGACUGCCUCUUUAGGGUGCAAUUUGCAGAGAUGGUCUAUUUUGCAACCCAAAUCAAACUGAACUGCACCAGUGUGAACUCGUAAUAGAAAGCUUCAUGUCAGUUAUCCAACUGUUUAUAUGUCUCAACUUCAGCUGUCAUUGUAAAAACUCUAUGCACAGCACAGUUAAGUGCCACUCUAAAUAGUGUAAGUCUGUGGAAAUAAUUUAGUAUAAUAUUAAAUUUACUAUUUCCUAUUUAAAUAAACAUAUAAAACACUAAGUAAAACAUUUGUGUUUUUGGUAUGUUUAAAUAAGCAUUGCUGUGUUAUUAAUAGUUUUAUAAGAACUGAAAUACUUCAAACUUUUAUCCCAAAUAUGCAGGUUGUUUUAUAGGUCAUUCAGUUGAACAGGAUCAGGAAGUCAUUUUGAAAUCGAUUGCUAUCUAACAUCACAUUCACGUUCUUAACUGUAGUUUACUAAACUAGUCAACAUUUAAAGUGGAUCAAAUCUUUCAUAAAAGUGGUCUUAAACCAAUACCCAAUAACUGUUCUUGUCUUAGGACUACAUUGAUGACUAGUAUAUUGUUUAGAUCUAUAGAAUUAAGCAAAGGGAAAUUAUUAGUGAUAUCAAAGAGUCUGAAGAAAUGUAAAGCUAGGUAUCAUCAGAAUAACAAUAAGAACUGACAUUGUGUUUCCUAAUAAUAUCUCCUAGAGAAAGAAUGUACAGUGAGAAGAGGAUGGGACCUAAAACUAAUCCCUGUGGUACACCAUAUUUUACCUUCGAGUUUCAUGACUUUUCCUCAUUUACACAAAGUGAUAACAAUUGUAUGAAUUAAACACCUGACCGCUAAUGCCAACAUAUUUUUUUUUAUCUAUCCAGUAGAUUUUUGUAUGAUCUAUGGUGUCAAAUGUUGCACUAAGCUUCAGACCCAGACAAAAAUGCAUAUUUGAAAUGCCUUAAUUUAAAAUCAUCUUGCACUGACAUAUCUCUAUAUAUAUUUGAAUACCAUUAUUUUGUCUUGAGAUGCACACCAAUAUAGUUUUGUAUGAUUUGUAAAAACUACUUAAGUGUCCUAAUAUUACUCCGGUCUCCCCUCAUCCAGACGGUUCUCCCCUUGGACUCAACUGUUUGUAUGAUCUCUUUAAGACUUCUCCUUUUCUGUCGCCUUUGUUUUCUGUCGACUUUUUUCUGUUUGUCUCUGCUUUCCAUAACCUUCUCCCUCACUUACGUCUGCUCUCGUCUCUUCAACAUUUUUUUCUUUUUGUUCAUAUUUAGUUGUUGUCUCGCACCCUCUGACUGUCCUUUUCUUGGUUCCUCCUAACUUGUUUCUCCUGGGUAUCAAAAUGUACUAUGUCUUCACGUUCCCCCUCCUAAUAAAUAUAGAUAUAUAUGACAAUAAAACACAAAUUCCCACUCAUGUUCAUUUAAAAUCUUCCAAACUCUGUCUAGUCAGCCUCAUCCCUCACAAGAUUAAAAAUCAUUUCAAUUGGAGGUCCUUGCAUCAUAAAGUUUGAAAAACCCCAGUUAGAAUACUAUCACUUUCUCAGUAACGCUAAUGGAUAUUUUAUUUAGAUUUUAUGGUUUUAUUCCGAAUUCGUCAUGCACAUCAUAAUUUUCCUCUUUAUAUAUUAUUCCUCUUUUUUUAGGCUAUUUUCACAUCCGCUUAUAAUUAACAUGGCAGGUGUCAUGUCUCAUAUAGCCUACUCUACUAAAACAGUACUGUAUAUCCUACUCAAACGUACAUACCGUUUAGUAGGUAUGAGCUGUCAGAUAAAAUUACAGGUAUUUCUGAUGCAUUUUACUAAUAUGUAUUUACUUUAUGAAACUGCUUUGUUUUUUCACUUUUAUUCACAGUUGCAAAGGAAACUUGAAUAAGAAUUAGAAAGUUUGAUGUUAUAUUUUUAUGUCAUAUGUGAGAUAUGUAAUGUUACAGUUUUCUGUAAUAAAUGUAUUUCUCAACAAUA